AAAUAAGUACACCUUUUAAACAAAGCUAUCUUUCUUCCUUUGUUUUUUAAACUUCAGCCACUUGUUAUCAGCAGCAGUGAAUAGACCUACAGAUAUAUAUUUGCAUGAGAUGUCAGUGUCUCCAUAGGCGUGUUACUUUUCGUCUGUUGAUUUCGGUUACAGGAAAGGAGAGGAGGAGAGGAGAGGAGAGGAAAGGAGAGGGGGGUCACUCUGACAUCCUGCCAAAGCAGUUGGAAAACGCACCAGAGCACGAAACCAGACCCCUACUAGACAAAUCGAGGCAGCUCGUUAUGCACACAGCAGCCAGAGAGAAGGAGGGAUCACGUCCACGAGCUACCCCUCAGAUGUCUCGCGCUGGAGAGAAAAACAACAGGAUGUGUAUAUGAUCUGACGCGACCGCGCGCUCCGAUUUGAUUGAUUAUUAUUAUUAUUAUUGUUGUUAUUAUUUUCAAAUUGGAGGACGCACGUUUGCGAUCAUGAAUCCGGCCGAGCAGACGGUUACGUGGCUCAUCGCGCUCGGUGUGCUGGAGUCGCCGAAAAAGCGUGUGUCGGAUCCCGAGAGCUUUCUGCAGAGCUCGCUGAGAGACGGCGUGGUGCUGUGCAGGCUGCUCGAGCGACUGCGUCCGGGCUCGCUCCUCACGGUCUUCCAGGAACCGAAGAACGACGGCGAGUGCUUGGGCAACAUCAGGGAGUUCCUCAAAGGCUGUGCUUCAUACCGAGUGGAGACAUUCGAAGCUGAGGACCUGUUUCAGGGCCAGAACUUCACCAGGGUGCUGAGUUCCUUGGUUGCUCUCAACCAGGCAACAGCAGAUACUGGAUCCGACAGUGACUCCAUAUGUGUUCAACACUCCUCUCUGCGAAUCAAGUCCUUUGACUCCCUGAACUGUCAGCCUUUCCGCAGGAGAUCAUCCAAACGAGUGCACAGCCAGUACUGCAGUCUGGACAUGUCUGAGAACAGUUCAGCUCAGCCUUUGGUGAAGGCGCGGUUUAAUUUCCAGCAGACGAAUGAGGACGAAUUGUGCUUUAACAAGGGUGACAUCAUCCAGGUGACUCGGCAGGAGGACGGAGGCUGGUGGGAAGGCACGAUUAAUGGCAAGACCGGCUGGUUCCCUAGCAACUACGUUAAAGAGAUCAAAGGAAGUGACAAGCCCAUCUCCCCCAAGCCUGGAACGCUGAAGAGUCCUCCCAAAGUGUUCGAGACCAGCGCUGCUACUAAAACCUACUAUAACCUGGUGAUCCAGAAUAUUGUGCAGACAGAAACGGAAUACGGCAAAGAACUGCAAGCACUGCUUUCGACAUACUUGAGACUACUGCAGCCCACAGACAGACUGACCGUGGCCGAUAUCGCUCACAUUCUGGGUAAUCUAGAAGAGAUCAGCUCCUUCCAGCAGACACUGGUACAGUCACUAGAGGAAUGCACCAAAUUUCCAGAGAGCCAGCAGAGGAUCGGGAGCUUCUUCCUGUCCCUCAUGCCCCAAAUGAAGAGCCUUUAUGUAGCGUACUGCUCCAACCACCCUUCUGCUGUCGAUGUCCUCACGCAACACAGUGAGGAGCUGGGUGAGUUUAUGGAGAGUAAAGGUGCAAGCAGUCCUGGGAUUCUCACCCUCACCACCAACUUGAGUAAACCCUUCAUGAGACUGGAUAAAUACCCCACACUGCUCAAAGAGCUCGAGAGACACAUGGAGGAUUUUCACCCGGACCGCCCAGACAUUCAGAAAAGCUUGACGGCUUUCAAGAAUCUUUCUGCACAGUGUCAGGAGGUGAGGAAGCGGAAGGAGCUGGAGCUGCAGAUUCUGACCGAGCCGGUGCGUGGUUGGGAAGGGGAGGGCAUUAAGACCCUGGGCACCGUCAUCUACAUGUCUCAGGUCCUCAUGCAGAACCAUGGCAGCGAAGAGAAGAAUGAACGCUACCUCCUGCUCUUCCCCCAUGUGCUGCUGGUGCUUUCUGCGAGCCCUCGGAUGAGCUGCUUUAUCUACCAGGGGAAACUUCCUCUAACAGGGAUGGUUGUUAACAAGAGUGAGGAAACAAGGAACACUUUUGAACUAUCCGGGAGCAUGAUUGACAGGAUCCAGGUGAUCUGCAAUAACCAUCAGGAUUUACAGGAGUGGGUGGAGCAUCUUCACCGCCAGACCAGACGCACGUCAAGCAGCAUUUCCAGUUUGAAACCAUGCCAUACGCUCCCCGCUCACCCACCCACCCCUUCGAGACACUCGGAGAGCCGGGGAGCCUACCACACCCUCCCUCACCCCUCGUCCCACUGCACCCCCCACAGCACCAUGAUGUGGGGACCCUUGGAGCCACCAAAAACCCAGAAACCAUGGAGCCUGAGCUGUCUGCGACCAGCACCACCUUUAAAAGCAUCAGCAGCUCUCUGUUAUAAAGAGGAUCUCAGCAAAAGUCCCAAGAGCAUGAAGAAGCUUCUGCACAAACGCAAAGAGAGGAAGCCAUCAGAUGAGGAGUUUUCUAUGAGGAAAAGCACUGCAGCCCUGGAGGAGGAUGCACAAAUCCUAAAAGUAAUAGAGGCGUAUUGCACAAGUGCCAAGACAAGACAAACACUCAAUUCAACAUGGCAGGGCACUGAUUUGAUGCAUAAUCACGUGCUGGCUGACAUCGGCCAGUCGCGUGUGGAAGCUGCAGGUUGCCGUGCCAGCGUCUUGCGCCUGGAACUGUCGUCUGACCAAUCAGAAGACUCGGAUUAUGACAGUAUAUGGACAACCCAUAGUUACAGGAUGGGUUCAACCUCUCGUAAGGGUUCAAGGAAGGAUUCAGGGCUGCAUAUGCUUUUCCCUGAAGAGGAGAAGAUCAUUGUAGAAGAAAUAAAGAGCAAUGGUCAGACAGUGAUUGAAGAGAGGAGUUUGGUGGACACUGUUUAUGCACUGAGGGAUGAAGUUCAGGAACUCAAGCAGGAUAACAAGAGGAUGAAGAGCAGUUUGGAGGAGGAGCAGAAAGCAAGAAAAGAGCUGGAGAAGAUAGUCAGGAGAGUAUUAAAGAACAUGAAUGAUCCUUCAUUUGAUGAAACAAACCUGUAAAGUUCAAUGAAGAUUGUUAUGCAUGUGGGCCAUGCCGGCACGGACGGAGGAUUCAAAUAAAUAAAUAAAUCAAACACUGUAGAACUGAGAAAAGCAUGAUGCAGCUGAAGAACUAGGCAAAACUUCGGACCAAGAAAGCCUUUUCAGCUGGGCAUAGAGUUGAAGGUAAUGGCGAUACUAACAGGCUGGAAUGGAUCCAGUCGCUGAGUAAAGGCUCUUUAAGUUUGCCUGUGCCAAAUUUGCUGAUCUUUGCCAAAUAGCCUCUGAACUACAAGAAUAAAUCGAGGAACAAAUAUUAAAAUAAGUGGCCAAAUACAGCUUAUGGCUUUGCCUUAAAUUGUUUUUUUUUUUUUUAAACGUUUUAAGAAAAAUACACUAAUAUAUAAUUAAGUAUGAGUUACAACUUUAGUAAAAAGUUUCCUAUUCACUGCGGUCAUUUCCAUCACAUCCUUUCUGCACCACUGACGACUUGUACCAGCAUGUACCCCUUCUUUUUUUUUUUUUGCAAAAAAAAUCUGAUGUCACAUGGUUCUCAGAUUGACAGCAAACUGGGAGUCUCAGGGAGUCCUUGAAUAAAUCUUUCCGUCAGGAUCUUCUUAGUAAUCUGUAGCAACACUGUGAAAAAGCAGAUUUUCAACAAGAAAACACAGCAGGUACAGUACUGUAAACAUUCAGAGGAAACUGUUUUUUUUUCUAAAAACCUUCUUUUUUUUUUUUUUUUUUUUUUUUUUUUUUUUUUUAAUGUUGUAAAUUACCUUCUUUUCCUUUUUUUUUCUGGUCAGCUUAUACUCAAGCACCAACUAAGCAAUUACUUUUUUUUUUUAAUCGGUUGUUUUUCUGCUAAUGAAUUUGUACAAAAAAAAUCUAUAUUUCAAAAGUGCAGAUGUGCCUUUUUUUGGAAAUUCCAUUUCCGAAACUUACUCGGCAUUUUGUCUGCAAUUCCAAGACCGAUUUAAAGACAAGUACAUAUGCAACAGAUAUUUUUUAAUAUGCAGCGCUACUAACUGGCAACUCAACAUUCUUACAUUCUGUCUAAUUUAUGUAUUUAAAUGAAAUGCAAACAUUAUUGAUUUCUGUUCCAUUGUCUGUGUACCAUUUUGACCAGGAAUAUUUCUGUUAAUUGCUUCCUAAUGUACUUACUUACUUUCAUAGCUUCUCCUACAUUUCUAUUCAUUCUGUUCUGCUCUUUCUACGACUCCUUUAAUGUAUAUGAUAAAUUAUGUGAAUUUAAAUAAAACAUUGCUUAUUUAUCCUUUAAAACCUCUGUGAUCUGGACAUUUGUGCUCAUGGCUUUGACCACACUUUAGUACUCUACCACAAGAGUCCCUCCCUCUUAGGACAUUGCAUCAACAAAAUGGUGUAUUUAUCAAAAAUUAUGUAAUAUGAUUCCGAAAGUUCCUUUUGUCUGUGCUUUGGUUCCACACAAGCAGUAACACAUCUGUCUCCAGAUGAAGAAAUACAGCAAUGUUUUAAGUGAUUGAAUGUGUAGAAUCAGCGCAGUGAGCAACUGACUGGAUCAGAAGUCAGGACCCACAACUCGGCUUUAGUUAGUAAUGUAGCUAAAUAAAGUUUAAAAAAAAAACAAAGGGGUUGGUAAAUAAGUGAAGUUAGGUUAGUAUUUAAUAGUAAGGUUUGUAAGUAAUGUUAGUAAGAAAAAUAAGUUGGUUAAGUAAAAUUGAGUAAAUAAAGUUGGUAAGAAAAUGAGGUGCUGUUACUAGGUAAAGUAAGGUAUGUAAGAAAAGUAAUGGAAGUUUGGUUAGUAAGUCAAAUAAAGGAAGUAAAGUUGGUAAAGAAAGUAAGAUAAUGAAUGUUAACUUAGCAUCAGUUUUCAAAUUCUUGAAUCUCUCACGUGUCGCCAGACCUUUAAAACACUUCCUUGCUCUAAUUUCUAAUUGGAGCUUUACUUUUCUGUCGUACUCUGGUGCAACACACUGUUGUUGUAACAGUAACUCUAGUGUAACACGCUGUUGUUUGAGCGAGUGGAACAACAGCUUUUGGACACAUGUCCCUCUACUCUGCCAUUGCUUUUAUUAGAUGUUAUUGAUCACUUCCUGGGUUUAUCUCGUACUCAGAGAUGGGUAGUAACACACUACAUUUACUUCAUUACAUUUACUUGAGUAACUUUAGUUUUUGGGAAAAGAAAAGAAAAGUAUUUUAAGAGUAGGUUUAACUGUCCAUACUUAUGCUCUUACUCAAUCACAGAAAUGUACUUCUCUAUAUUCUGUGGUGGUCCAGUACUGCUAAAUGUUAAUGAAUAUAUGGGUGUAGUUUUAAUAAUUAGUUGAUAUCCUGUAUAAUGAGGUCACGAGUCUUGCGAUACGCUGCAGUCAUCUGAAUGCGGACGCAACAACCGCUCACUUUUUUUUUUUUUAGUGGUUCAGUCCUGGAAGAUAAUGGAAGAAGAGGGAGAUGAAGCGAGCGUGUCGACGGAGCCAGGACAAACAAACAUGCUAACACACGCACACACUCACUCUGUGUCUACACAUGCUUUCUCUUCUGUUCUGUUACAAUGCUGACAGGUUUGUGGUGUUAAUAUGUUAUGACAGUUGGGAACUGUGGGGAAAGUGUGUGUUUUUUGGGGUGUGUGUGAGAUUUUGUGGUGAAAAUAACAGGUUCUGUGUUAUUAUACCCUUCACAGGACUGGGAUAUGCUGCUUCAUCUUGAGCCCAAGUUUUAUAUAUCAUAUAAACAGAACAGACAGACGUUCAAGGAGAGGUGUGACUCAGAGUUCUCCAUGUAGUCUGAGAUUCAGACAUUUGAAUGAGAUCUGAAGUAACUGGUAACUUGCUACUUGAGUAGUCUUCUCAUUGGAUACUUUAUUACUCUUACUCAUGUAGUUAUUACUUUUACUGUUACUUGAGUAAUUAUUUUUACAAGUAGUUUUAUUUGUACUUGAGUAAAAUGUUUGGCUACUCUACCCAUCUCUGCUGGUACUCUAUCGUUCAUCACUUACUGUCCAUUUAUAGUUAAAGCUUUUGUCUUGUCCCUUUGGGGGAACCCUUAAAGAGGUCCUGAGUAGAACCAUACUGGGUUUCAUAUAGAACAUGCGUCCAAAGUUUGUGGGCACCUGACAUUGACGCCCAUACGUGCUUCAUGAACAACCCAUUCCAGAUUUCGUCUCCUUUUUCUAUUAUAAUAACUCCCACUCUUCUGGGAAGGCUUUCCACUAGAUUUUGGAGCAUGGCUGUGGUCAUUUGUGUUCAUUCAGCCACAAGAGCGUUAGUGAGGUACUGAUGUUUGUCGAGGAGGCUUGGGGUGCUGUGGAGUUCCAGUUCAUCCCCAAGGUGCUCAGUGGAGUUGAGGUCAGAGCUCUGUCCUGCAUUCAAGUUCUUCCACUCCAAACUUUACAAACCAGGUCUUCAUGGAGCUCGUUUGUGCACAGGAGCGUUGUCAUGCUGGAACAGGUUUGUGCCUCUUAGUUCCAGUGAAGGGAAACUGUAAUGCUACAGCACACAAAGACAUCUAAUAAAGUUGUGCGCUUCCAACUUUGUGGCGAGAGUUUGGAGAAGAACUGCAUAUGGGUGUGAUGGUCAGGGGUCUACAAACUUUUGGCCAUAUAGUGUAUUGAAGAAGUGAAGAACCCUUAACAGAAAUAACUGCCUCAUAAAGACAAAAAACAUUUGACUGGCAGUUUAUAUCUUUUCCUUGUUGCCCAGGAUACCUGCUGGUAUCCAAAACGUCUAAAGUAAAUAUCUAUUAUAAAUCUGGCAUUUGUCAAUUCUGAGCACAAUUUACCUUGCAGGAUGGAAACACUCGCACACUCUUUAAUAGUAAUUAUUAUACCAUUUAUAGCAGUUUAGCUUACCUUUAAGCAAGUGACUGUUCAGGGUUAGCAUCAACAGAGCAUCGAGCAUCAAUAGCAUCAGCAGCAAGAGAGUAUAGACUGCUUCUGAAUCAGAUUUGAGUAAAUGUACAGUGGGGAUGAUGAGCUGAGAUCAGCAGUGCUGGCUGCUUUGUAUCCCUGGGUGUUUUUCUCUUCCAAACCCCAUUUUGUCACAUGAACCUUUUUGCUCUGACCAAGAAUAUUGGCUUGGCGUAAGCUUUCCUGGAGCACUUCUUGUUAAUUCCUCUAUUGUCGCUUCGCUAGUCAUUGUGUGUGGCUAAUCCAGAUUUGAGGUAGAAACUGUGGAGCCAAGAGGGUUUGUAUGUGGAUUUCACAUACAGGGAGUGGCCAGCAAAUGCAGGAGGACAAUGGUGGGAUUUGGGAACAGCAUAUUAUCUGAUAUUGGCGUGGCUUAAGCAGUCUACAUUUUGUUCUGCUGAUUUUUUUCCUCUUCUUUCCCAGCUGAUAUUAGACUAAAUGAAUAACUAUGAUGAUCAGGCUCACUGGGUGUGAGGCGUGAGGGAAUAUACCCUGGGUGGGACACCAGUCCAUGGCAUGGCAACAAGGACACAUAUUCACAUCUAAGGGUAAUUUAGAAAGCCAAUCCAGGCAUGUUUUUGGGAAGUGGGUAGGAACCAGAGAACCCAGAGGAAAUCCAUGUGGACAUGGGGAGAACGAGCAAAACAUCACCCUGACAGUAACCCCAAGCUCAGGAUAUGAACUAAAGUUAUCUGGUAGAAUUAAACUCUUUCCAUUGACCAUGUAAUCAGAAAUGCUUUUUUUCUCCCCAUUCUUCAGGGGUUUCCUCUGGGUUCUCUGGUUUCCUCCCCCUGUCCAAAGACAUGCAUUGUAGGCUGAUUUGGCAUUUCCAAAUUGUCCGUAGUGUGUGAAUGGGUGUGUGAUUGUACCCUGCGACGGGUGGGCGCCCCAUCCUGGGUGUCCGCCACCUUGUGCCCAGAGUUCCCUGAGAUAGGUUUCAGGCUCCCUGUGUAGGGUAAGCGAUAUGGGAAAAAAAUCCAUCCUGUUUGGAUUGAGGUUGUCCCAGGAAACAAUCUGUAAUGAAAUGUUUAAUACAUUAAUAAUAUGUUUUUCUCUACUCAACUGCGAUUGCUGUUUUUUGUAGAUGUGUC